UCAAACGAGUGACGGAAAUGACCAGGAAAAAUAAUAAAGAACCGUAAAUCCUUAUCUUAUGUUGUUAGCAUUAGCUUGGACCAACUGAUAUCGUUCUCGAACUAGUUAUCGUUUUUUUUGCCGAUAAGUUCCGAUAUUGAUGCUGCAAAACACAUCGUUUUGUGGUUGAUAAAAUAACAAUUACCAAGAAAAGCCUAAAUUAGUUGACUUUAGCCUGUUUGCUGCCAUGUAGAGCUGCAAGCUCGUGCUAAUUUCAAUGGGGAAAAGGAAAGACGUGGUCCAGUACAGAUUUCUUAGUGAAGGCAGCGCGGGGCCGCAUGGUGUUCACAAGCACAAGCAUAAAAAGCACAAGAGGCAUAAGAAGAAGCACCAUGGCCUCUCCGAGGCCCCGGAGCCUGUCAUGGCCCCCCGUCCUCCUCCGCAGCUGCGACUUAAGAUUAAGCUAGGAGGACAGACGCUGGGGACAAAGAGUGUUCCCACCUUCACCGUGCACCCUGGAGUGGCUUGUCCUCCUUCACCGCUGAUGAUCGUGGAGGACGACGAUGAUGACGAUGAAGACGACAAGCCUUCUGUGCCUCUCGAGCAGUACCGGGCCUGGCUUGAUGAAGACAGCAACAUGGCCACAUCUCCUCUCCCCGACAUGGAUUCAAUGUUGGGGGUGCCCGUGGACGAGGAGGAGAGGUGGCUGGACGCUCUGGAGAAGGGCGAGCUGGACGACAACGGCGAGCUCAAGAAAGAAGUGGAUGAGUCCCUGCUCACCGCCCGACAGAAAGCCCUCCUCCACAAGCAGCAGAUCCAACCCCUCCUGGAACUGCCCAUGGGCUACAAGGAGAAGGAGAUGACGGCCGAGAUGAUGCAGAAGCGGGAAGAGCGCGCUCGGAAGCGACGCUUGCAGGCGGCCAAGAAGGCGGAGGACAACAAGAACCAGACCAUCGAGAGGCUCACCAAGACCAGCAAGGCCAAGAUCAAAAGCAUGCGAGAGAAGAAGUCCAAGCAGAGCCAGUGUCCGAUCGUGCGCUACAGCGACUCGGCCCGAGGCGUGACCAUUUCCUUCCCUGCGGGCGUCCCCGCCCCUGAAGCAGCGCCACCCCCGCCUCCGCCCGCGGUCGCAGUGACCUGCGGGGUGAGCGGUUGCUUCAACCUGAAGAAAUAUAGCUGCUCAAAAACGGGUGUCCCUCUGUGCAGCCUGCAGUGCUACGAGAGGAACAUGCAGUUAGUCCAGGGCGCCGCCUGAAACGCUAACAUUGCGACACGUAGGAGAGGCAUUCCACGCUAGUCUGUGAUCGCUGAAAAACUGCAAUUUUGAGAACCCAUUUGUUGUAAAAUUUCACAAUGAUUUACUUCAUUAAUAUAGAAAAUGGUGAAUAAAUAGUUUUAAAAACACAAAUUCAUG